CAAUAGGAGCUAUACCAUAUUCAUCAGUCUCUCAGUCUUAAAGCUACAGUGGGGUUAGUGGGAUCUAAAUCUCUUGUGCCGGAGUCUCCUCAGCUGUCUCUCUUCCCCUCUGCCAGCCUCAGUGUGUCUGGAUAAGUGUGAGCGUUUGGAUGUGCAUAUGUCUUCCUCUCCCCACCCCCAUCCUCCCUUUCUCUUCCUCUCUCACUGUCUCUUUCUCUUCUUUCUCCUUUCUAUUGUCCCCCUGCCUGGAUCCCGGACCUUUUCUUUACCCUUCACUCUGUUUUCCGUGUGAUUCUUUUUGUCGCCUUUCUCUACCAACUGGGAAUGCUAAAACUGGACUGAUGGACAUGUCAGAACUUUGCAUCUCGGACCCCCUCAGCUACCACAACCAGCUGUUGAAUAGGAUGUCCGCAGAAGAGCGGCAUCUCACCUCCAGCUGUGGCUCCUUUAUCAAGACAGAGCCUUCCAGCCCAUCCUCAGGCAUCGAUGCUAUCAGCCACCACAGUCCCAGCGGCUCUUCUGACGCCAGUGGUGGCUAUGGCCUGGCCAUGGGGCAUCCCAAUGGCCUGGACUCACCUCCCAUGUUCAAUGGCACAGGCCUGGGUGGCACCCCCUGCCGCAAGCGCUACGAUGACUGUGCCAGCGCCAUCAUGGAAGACUCGCCCACCAAGUGCGAGUAUAUGCUAAAUGCCAUCCCCAAGAGGCUCUGCCUGGUGUGUGGGGACAUAGCUUCUGGGUACCACUAUGGGGUAGCUUCCUGUGAAGCCUGCAAAGCUUUCUUCAAGAGAACAAUCCAAGGGAACAUUGAAUACAGCUGCCCGGCCACAAAUGAAUGUGAAAUCACAAAACGGAGGCGCAAGUCCUGCCAGGCGUGUCGCUUCAUGAAAUGUCUCAAAGUGGGGAUGCUGAAGGAAGGAGUUCGCCUUGACCGAGUUCGUGGAGGCCGCCAGAAAUACAAGCGAAGGCUGGACUCCGAAAGCAGCACUUACCUGAGCUUACAGAUUCCUCCUCCAGCAAAAAAGCCCUUGACCAAGAUAGUUUCCCAUCUUUUGGUGGCUGAGCCGGAGAAGAUCUAUGCCAUGCCUGACCCUACCAUGCCCGAAAGUGACAUCAAAGCCCUGACCACCCUCUGUGACCUGGCAGACAGGGAACUUGUGGUCAUCAUUGGCUGGGCCAAGCACAUUCCAGGAUUCUCAAACCUCUCCCUGGGAGACCAGAUGAGCCUGCUGCAGAGUGCCUGGAUGGAAAUUCUCAUCCUGGGCAUUGUAUACCGCUCCUUACCCUAUGAUGACAAAUUGGUGUAUGCUGAGGACUACAUCAUGGAUGAGGAACACUCCCGUCUCACGGGGCUGCUAGAACUCUACUUGGCCAUCCUGCAGUUGGUCCGCAGGUACAAGAAACUCAAGGUAGAGAAAGAAGAGUUUGUGACCCUCAAGGCCCUCGCCCUCGCCAACUCAGAUUCCAUGCACAUAGAGGACAUAGAGGCUGUGCAGAAGCUCCAGGACCUGCUCCAUGAGGCCCUCCAGGACUACGAGCUGAGCCAACGCCACGAGGAGCCUCGAAGGGCAGGCAAGCUGCUGCUGACCUUGCCCCUGCUGCGGCAGACAGCCGCCAAGGCCGUCCAACACUUCUACAGCAUCAAACUGCAGGGCAAGGUGCCCAUGCACAAACUCUUCCUAGAAAUGCUGGAGGCAAAGGUCUGACGGCCCUGGCGCCCACUCCUAGCAAACACACAGACUCCAGCCCACAGACAGACGUGGGGAGGGAGGGGAAAAAAAUCAAUCCUGCAGCCACUGGCUUUUACCUUCAAAUCAUUUAUUAUGGCUAAGAGCAAAACCGGAAGAAGUCAUUUACCAUCUGUCCAUCUGUCUGUAUGCAGAAUCACAUGUACAAUGGGGAGUGGGGAUCUGGGGGGUGGGAGGGGGCGGGCUGGGGUGGAAGAGGGGCUGUUUGGUUCAUUUGUGAUCUGGAUUAUGUUUUUCUUUUUGGUUGUGCUUCUUCCUUCUUGGUAGGCAGCCCUAAGGCCCCUAUCAAGGCUCAUUCUUGGUAGGAGAUAGGAGAUCCCUAAGAGGAAGCACCAAAGCUAGCUCCCCCAAUCAGAAAGCAGUGUGUAUGUACAUUGCCCAGUUCCCACCCCACUCGCCUGGCCCUUCCAUUGCCCAGGGAGGUACCAGUUUUGAGAUGAUGAUGGGCAGGAAGGAAGACAAGAAUUCUGGGGGAAAUUAUCCAGGAGGAUUGAGGCAAGGGGAGGAGGGUUCAGGGGAACUUGUUUUUCAGAGAGAACAGGAGACUGUUCAAUCCACAGCCUCUGUACUGUCAGUGGGAGCAUUGACAGGAGGGUCAGAGGUGCCCAUGGGACAUUGGUCUUCUAACUUCCCCGGGGUCCUAGUCCUUUUUUCACUUUUGUUCCAGGUUGCCAUCUCUUCUUACCCACUUAGCAUCACAAUUCUCUGCUGGCAUGGAAAGACUAGAAGGCCCGUGCCUAUACAACCAGUUGAGCAUACCCCAGAGAUCAGUACCAGGACCCACACUGAUGAAAGAGUCAUAGCCAGUGCUAAUGUGUUCUCUAGCAUAUCUCUGUCCUUCCAGCUGAUUCUCUCCAUAGGAACCAAGAACCUUCCUCACUUCCUUUCCCAACAUAUAAUUUCCUUCUCCUUUCCCUCAGGAUUUCUCCUUGACUACAUACCUUCUCACCUCAGCUUGCUUGGCUUGGGUGAUGUGAGCAUCCAUAAUAGAAAGCAAGGAAAACAUUUAAAUAUGAAAAAGCAACUGGAAUAGGAGGGAGGAAAGCAGAACAUCUGAAUAGAAAGGAGAGUUCUAGACAGGAAUGCAAAACACAGAAAAUGUGUUCCAGCAUAUAGUCUCUGCAUAGCACCCCUAGAACUUGCUCCAGAUUAGUCUUAAUGUCAUAGUUGGGGGAGGAGGAGAAGGGGUCUGAAUCAUGGUAGGUCAAAGUGGCAAGGAAGAGUAGGAGUUUGCUCUAGUCCAGAGGUACUCUUGAAGUUCUAGUUCUAAUCUAUAGACCUCCUAAAAGGCUAAGUUGAGUUUUUUUCUCUUAGAGAGAUCUACAUCCCUUGAGAGAAUGGUGAAUCCCAGUUCAAAUCAGGGUCAUUCAUCCUUUUUUUUUUGUCUCCUCAAGCCUUUGGGAACAACAACAAGAAAAAGAAUUGCUAAGGGGAUCCCUCUUAGCUCACUCAGAUGCUAACUUAAUUACUGAUGACGAAGAAGCUAAUAAUCCAACUGGAAGAGAAGCCUGGUCUUUAGCCUCCCUGGUUCCUUCCCUUUAUUCCUUCUUCUUUCCACCAUUCAACAACACCCAGCCUGAAGGAUGGGGAAAACAAGGAAAGAGUGCACUAAAGCUAGUUUGUCUGGGUCCUGGCCAGCUGGUCUGGUAGGCUGGGGGAAUAAAAGAGUGAGUACUGGUGGAGGCUAGUUUGUGGCUUGUCUCUGGAUUUCACUAAAUCUGUAGACUUCCCCCAAAGCAGCUCAGUACAAUAGCUAGCCAAGACCCCAUUCCACUCAUUUCAAAGAGAUUCUUUUUAAAGAUUUUAAAAAGAGGUAUUUAAUUGAAUGGAGUCAGCAUGGUGAAAGGGAUAGAGUGCUGAGCUUGGAGUCAGAAAAACCUGAGUCUAAACCCUGCUUCUGAUGCUUACUAGUUUCCUUGACCCUGGACAAGUCACUUUUCUUCUAUGGGCUUCAAGCAGCUCCAUAUAGUUUACCUACUAGGUUAUAGCCAGAUCUCACAUUGAGAAUUUCUGGUCUGAUGAAAGCAUAGGUCAUUUAUGUAUUUAGUUCAAACCACCAGACUCAUCUGCCCAUGGAGAGUGAGAACAUGUCUGAAGCAUUGGCAGAAAGCAAAGCCCAAGAUUGCAAUUCUUAUUUCAAGCUCCAGGGCUCUGCUCAUCCCCUCACCCCACUCCCAGCAUCCAUCCUGACCUAACUGAAGAAAUGUUCUUUCAACCACAGAGAAUCUGCCACUUCCUAUACUGGGUUAAAAAAAAAAGAAGCCAGCUGCAUCUGUGACCUCUGAGUUGUGUUUCUAGCUAAGAAUCCAGUGUGGCAUUACCUGAAAAAGGAAUCAGAAGUGAUUGGGCUUCCUUCUGAAGCUGUGCUAUGUUUCUGUUGCCCUCUGGCUGAGUCCUAGGAUGAGCGAUGAUUGGACCCAGACCACAGCUUGUUUAGGUCAUAUCAAAGGCAUAUAUAAGGCGUAUGAUGACCCCCUGAGCCAACAGAAAGAACGGACUUUGGGGAGGGGGUCCCCCAAAGACUCCCUUGAGUACCUCCAAUUGGGUAGUAUGAAAGCACUCUGGCAUGAAGUCGUCCUGGAAGUGGGGGGGGGGAUUUGGGGAAGUUCUCUAGGACCUUCCGUGCAUAUCACCCCUGAAACAUGAUGGAGGAACCAGACUCACAUACCUCUACAACCAGCUAAAGGGGCCAAUUAAUCAGCUCUUCAUGAGACCUGCUGGAAACGGCAGCCUUUUCUUCUCUGAUUCCACAGAUAACCUGCAUGUGCUCACAAAGGAAAGGGGGGAGUUGGAGGAGACAUUUGUAACUGAAUAUGAACGGUGUCUUCUAAGAUAUAAGACUGUUGAGUUGGCCAAAGGGAACAAAGAAAGGAACACUAUUCCAAGCAACUGUAUAGGAACCAGUACUAGGCAUUCCCACACUUGUACCCUAAUUAAUCAAUCCUCUGUCAUUCUGAGGGCCUGCACAUUCUAUUCUCAUUUAAGAGCUAUUAUCCAAGCCACAUAGUGUGGCAGGGGCAGAAAUGGGCAAGGAACCUAAGAAUCCUCCUGGUCUUCCCACUACAAACCACACACUCCUUCUACCCUGAUCCUGAAUGAUUUUUCAGUUGAAAGCAGUUACGGAAACUUCUCUCUCCUCCAAAACAUCCACCCUAUCUUCACCUCCAUAGACUCCAACUCUGUCCUAUCCCAUAGAGGGCUUCUGGCAUUCACUGAGGUCCAACCUCCUUGUAGCAAACCAGAAUGUUUGACAGACUGGCUUGAUAGGUGAGUCGGCAGCAGCGAUAUAGUGACUGUUAAUACUUUGUAUUCAUAUAGAUUAUUUCAUCAAGAAUUACAAGAUAUUUCACUGGGAAGCAAUAUGCUCCCUGUAUUUUGUUUGUAGGGAAACUGAGGCUUGGGGAGAUAAAAAAUGACUUGUCAGAGUCAUAUAGCAAGUCAGGGGAAGUGUUGCAAUCUAAAUCCAUCCAUCACUCUUCACUCCCAGAAACAAUUAUUCACCCAUUGACCCUCAUCUAUACAGUCAUAUACACCCAAAGCAAUAGCUCUCUCUCAGCCACCAAGCUGGGAUCUGGGCAUUAUAACUAAGAAACCAAACCUAGUGUUAAAAUAUUCCACAAGAUACAACCUCAGAGGUCCCAUACCCUGUCGAAUUUGAAAUGAAGAAACUUUACAGAGGACAAUUUGGGAUCUGCUCUAGGGGAAUCUGUGAUUUGUGACAAAGAGAACUCUUGGGGGGAAAAAGUUGAGGAUGGUCUGGGAGAUGGUCCCUACUUCAUCGCAGUGAAAAUUAGGCUAGGGGUCUUCCUCAUGGUGCCACCUCCAGUCCCCCCACAGAGCACCCCUCAAACCACCCUAGGCUGGCCAAACUAGUGUAAAGAACAACGGUGCCCCCAGAGGUUCACAAACAAUUCCUGAUAUCUGCUGAUGAUCUAUUCUAGGAAGAAGCAUCCUUGACUGCCAGUGCUAUGGGAGUCAACUCAAUUUGGGUCAGAAAAAUACCAUGGGGGAUGAAUCUUCCAGAUAAAAUUGAAUGUUGUCUCACUCUUGGAUGCAGGGAGGACACUGCAGCUCAGAAUUAUGGCAUCUUUGUCCCAAACAAAAUGGUUGUGGAAAUUGAGCUUAUGUACCCCAUUUUUUCACUACUACUGGGGAGAGGGAGGGAUCAAUCAAACCUCUGAAAUAUAUUCAGAGCUUAACCAGGAACCAGAAGUCAUGUUAUAAUCGACAACAAGAAAACUUUUGGUAAACGGUUGGUUGAUUCAUCUCUAAUGGAAGAAGUAAGAGGGGCCCCACUUUCUAUAACCUUUGCCAGAUCCCUGAGGUUGGCUCAGAUGGCAGGGUGGGGAUUAAUGGGUGGUGGUGGGGUAUUGGGUGCCCAUGGGAAUCUGAAGAUGGAAAGGUGGGAAGAAAGGUCCCAGGGCACUGCCAUACCUCGCCCCCCAAAAAAAGAUUUAGCUUAAAAGUUAUAGAAAAAGAGCUGCUCCUGAAAAAUUCUGUAAAGAAGAAAUACACACUCUAAUUAAUUGUAUUCUUGUGGUACAGGUCAUUUUGAACAAACCAAGAAAUAAAAUGUAAAAAUCCAACCCUGGAGAAAAUAG